AUGGAUGAAAGCCCAUCCCUGCGGCGCAAGACCGUGAUGCGGGAGAAGGGCCGGCGCCAGGCCGUGCGGGGCCCGGCCUUCAUGUUCAACGACCGCGGCACCAGCCUGACGGCCGAGGAGGAGCGCUUCCUGGACGCGGCCGAGUACGGCAACAUCCCGGUGGUGCGCAAGAUGCUGGAGGAGUCCCGCACGCUCAACGUCAACUGCGUGGACUACAUGGGCCAGAACGCGCUGCAGCUGGCCGUGGGCAACGAGCACCUGGAGGUGACGGAGCUGCUGCUCAAGAAGGAGAACCUGGCGCGCAUCGGCGACGCGCUGCUGCUGGCCAUCAGCAAGGGCUACGUGCGCAUCGUGGAGGCCCUGCUCAACCACCCGGGCUUCGCGGCCAGCGGGCGCCUGACGCUCAGCCCCUGCGAGCAGGAGCUGCAGGACGACGACUUCUACGCCUACGACGAGGACGGCACGCGCUUCUCGCCCGACAUCACGCCGGUCAUCCUGGCGGCGCACUGCCACAAGUACGAGGUGGUGCACAUGCUGCUGCGGCGCGGCGCGCGCAUCGAGCGGCCGCACGACUACUUCUGCAAGUGCGGCGACUGCGCCGACAAGCAGCGGCGCGACGCCUUCAGCCACUCGCGCUCGCGCAUCAACGCCUGCGGGCUGGCCAGCCCGGCCUACCUGUCCCUGUCCAGCGAGGACCCCGUGCUCACCGCCCUGGAGCUCAGCAACGAGCUGGCCAAGCUGGCCAACAUCGAGAAGGAGUUCAAGAACGACUACCGGAAGCUGUCCAUGCAGUGCAAAGACUUCGUGGUGGGAGUGCUGGACCUGUGCCGGGACUCGGAGGAGGUGGAGGCCAUCCUGAACGGAGACCUGGAGUCGGCGGAGGCGGCGGAGGCGCCCAAGCACAAGGCCUCGCUGAGCCGCGUCAAGCUGGCCAUCAAGUACGAGGUCAAGAAGUUUGUGGCUCACCCCAACUGCCAGCAGCAGCUCCUCACCAUCUGGUACGAGAACCUGUCAGGACUGCGGGAGCAGACCAUAGCCAUCAAGUGUCUGGUGGUGCUGGUGGUGGCCUUGGGCCUUCCGUUCCUCGCCAUCGGCUACUGGAUCGCGCCGUGCAGCCGGCUGGGGAAGGUCCUGCGCAGCCCCUUCAUGAAGUUCGUGGCGCACGCGGCCUCCUUCAUCCUCUUCCUGGGCCUGCUUGUGUUCAACGCCUCGGACAGGUUCGAAGGCGUCAGCACGCCGCCCAACGUCACGGUCCUCGACUACCCCAAGCAGAUCUUCAGGGUCAAGACCACCCAGUUCACGUGGACCGAGAUGCUCAUAAUGGUUUGGGUCCUUGGAAUGAUGUGGUCCGAGUGCAAGGAGCUCUGGCUGGAAGGCCCGAGGGAGUACAUCGUGCAGCUCUGGAACGUGCUGGACUUUGGGAUGCUGUCCAUCUUCAUCGCCGCGUUCACGGCCAGGUUCCUGGCUUUCCUCCAGGCGACGAAAGCGCAGCAGUAUGUGGACAGCUACGUCCAAGAGAGCGACCUCAGCGCAGUCAGUCUGCCCCCGGAGAUACAGUAUUUCACUUACGCCAGAGACAAGUGGCUCCCCUCCGACCCUCAGAUCAUAUCGGAGGGACUCUACGCCAUCGCCGUGGUGCUCAGCUUCUCCCGGAUCGCCUACAUCCUCCCGGCCAACGAGAGCUUCGGCCCCUUGCAGAUCUCCCUGGGCAGGACCGUGAAGGACAUCUUCAAGUUCAUGGUCCUCUUCAUCAUGGUGUUUCUCGCCUUUAUGAUUGGCAUGUUCAUCCUGUACUCUUACUACCUUGGGGCUAAAGUAAACGCUGCUUUUACCACUGUGGAAGAAAGCUUCAAGACUCUGUUUUGGUCCAUAUUCGGGUUGUCUGAAGUGACUUCAGUUGUGCUCAAGUAUGAUCACAAGUUCAUAGAGAAUAUUGGAUACGUGCUCUAUGGAAUCUACAAUGUGACUAUGGUGGUCGUUUUGCUCAACAUGUUAAUUGCCAUGAUUAACAGCUCGUACCAAGAAAUUGAGGACGACAGCGAUGUCGAAUGGAAGUUUGCUCGCUCGAAACUUUGGUUAUCUUAUUUUGAUGAUGGAAAAACAUUACCUCCACCCUUCAGUCUAGUUCCUAGUCCAAAGUCAUUUGUUUAUUUCAUCAUGCGGAUCAUUAACUUUUCCAAAUGCAGAAGGAGAAGGCUUCAGAAAGACAUAGAAAUGGGGCUGGGGAACUCAAAGUCCAGGUUAAACCUCUUCACUCAGUCUAACUCCAGAGUUUUUGAAUCACACAGUUUUAACAGCAUUCUCAAUCAGCCAACACGAUAUCAGCAGAUAAUGAAAAGACUCAUAAAGCGGUAUGUUUUGAAAGCGCAAGUAGACAAAGAGAAUGACGAGGUGAACGAAGGUGAAUUGAAAGAAAUCAAGCAGGACAUCUCCAGCCUUCGUUACGAGCUGCUGGAGGACAAGAGCCAGGCGACCGAGGAGCUGGCCGUUCUCAUUCAUAAGCUCAGUGAGAAGCUGAGCCCCAGCUCGCCGCGGUGUGAGUGAGCGGAGCCGGGACGGCGGCUUGGACUACAGCGCACAUGUGGGCAAUAAUAUUCCCAAGGAUGAAGUACUUGAAAAACCACGGUGUACAUUUUC